AUGGAACAACUCAAACGGCUAAAGGGAGUGAGGGGCCGUCUCAAAUCCAGCCUCACCAAACUGCUACACACAGCAGAAAACUCUUCCGCAUCAAUCGGCGUUGACGCCAUGGAGGUACUGCUAGUCAGGCUCGACAAGGUUUGGAAUGAUUUCGAACUUGCCGGAGAUGAUCUGAGCGUGCUUGACGACGUCGAGGGCUGGGUUUAUCCUGCGGAUGACUACGACGAGUAUGAGGCGAAGUACAUAAAAGCACGUGCGCUUCUGUUUUCCCUCAAGCGCUCACAGGAGCCGACAACACCAACAAGACAUGCAGAAGGAGAUUCAAUAGCUAACAACGACGCUAUUUCUCGCUUAGUGCAGCAACAACAAGAGUUUUUCGAACGCCUAGGAGCAACUUCAACACCAACCCAGGCUGACGCCGCGGCGCCAGUAAGGGAGACAGAAUUACCGAAAAUACACAUAAAACCGUUUGGUGGCAUUUACAAGGAGUGGCCAGCCUUCAAAGCACUGUACAUAAGCACUGUACAUAGCAAGCAACAUCUGGGUAAGAUACAAAAGUACCACUAUCUAAAAUCGUUCCUCGUGGACGAGGCUGCAAGUUUGGUACGCCAUUUGCCGAUUUCUGAGACGGCAUAUGACAACGCUUGGGAGCGCCUCAACGAGAGAUACGAUCGACCACGGCAAAUUAUUCACAACCUGUUGGACACCUUUAUGGAGCUACCAUCGACUAACAAUGGAGAGGUAUCCAUAUUGCGUAGCAUAUCAGAUGGUGCAAAUGAGGUCAUCCGUGCAUUGGACUCAAUUGGCCAUAUGGACCGAGACUGCUGGGUUAUCCAUUUAUUGCUAAACAAAAUCGAUCCAGAGUCACGCCGCAAAUGGGUAGAUGCAAGCCGUGCUUCAAAUUCACCAAAAGUCGAAGAGUUCUUCAAGUUCCUGGACGCACGAUGUGAAGAAUUUGAGCUGUGUCAAAGCGAUCCUGUACCGAGACAGGGUGGUAACAAUAAGAAGACAAGCAGAGCCAUGGUAACUGCUGCGCUGACAAAAUGCGUGAAUUGUAAUGCGGAUGGGCAUCAACUGUCUAAGUGUCCUCAAUUCAUUAGUUUGUCUAUCGACCAACGCCGUUCUUUUGUAAAGCACAAAUCUCUCUGCUUUAACUGUCUCAAACCAGGUCACAGGUCAUCAAACUGUAGCUCAAAGUACAACUGUCAGCAGUGUGGCAGCAGACACCACACACUCAUACACACGCAUGCUAUGCAGACCAACGAGGGUCAAAUCACAUCCACGUCUUCAAGCGAUCACAAGGAUCCAGACACGACAUCGGUGACUGCGAGUCACAUGUCACAGGCACUACUCACGCCAACCCUAUUGUCACAUGGGCAAGUAGGACGAACAUGUACUUUGCCAACUGCAUUGGUACACAUCCGCAACUCUCAAGGCACAUACACAAACUGCCGGGUGCUACUCGACACGGGCUCGGAGUUAUCAUAUGUAUCGGAACGCUGUAUUAAGGCACUGGGUCUUAGUCGGGUUCCUCGCCGGAUUCUCAUUUCCGGCAUUUCUUCAAUCAAGGCCGAUACCACGAGGGGAUUCAGCACACUCACGAUCAAGUCUCGAGUUUCUGAUCACUCGCUACAAGUAAAAGCUCAUAUUCUAGGAAAAAUCACAUCUACGCUGGCAAGAGAAAACAUCGAUGCAUCUGCGCUUGAGAUCUUCAAUGGGAUUCCGCUUGCAGACACUGAAUUCAACUCGGCAUCGCCUAUAGACGUCCUACUAGGCACCGAUUCUGUAUGGGCUAUUUUAACCGGCAACAGGAAGCUGGGUGCGCAAGGCAACAUAAUAGCUAUUUCAACAAUCUUUGGAUUGGUUAUCACAUCGAUUGCGUAUCAAAAUCCAUCAAUCACCACGUCAUUUUUGUCUACAGUCGAUAUCCAUGCUACUCUACAAAGGUUUUGGGAAAUCGAGGACUCCCAAAUCACCACUCACCAUGAUCCUGAAAAUGUUAAGGUUGAAGAGCAUUUUCAAACCACGCACUCACGCGACUCCAAGGGAAGAUACACCGUAGAGCUUCCAUUCAAGGAUGCAGAUCCACAAUUCACUGACACUCUGCAGGGAGCAACCCAACGCUUUGCGUCUGUGGAGCGCCGUCUACAUAGAGACGCAGAUUUGCACUCACGAUAUCCAUGCUAA